AUGGAUAGCAUGAGUGAGGCAUUUGAUCAAAUGCAAAUGGUCAAGGAUGUUCUAGCCAACAGUGAUAAAGUUUCAGAGGUCCUACAAGAGUCUACUCAUCAGUUCAACCUGCUUACUUCACCCACCUUCCUACCAAAGGUCAAGGAUCAAGGGAAAUUCACUCUCCCUUGCACACUUGGGCAUCUUGAGAUUGACAAUGCCUUAGUGGAUUCUGGAGCAAGCAUCAAUCUGAUCUCUCUCUCCAUGGCAGAGAAGCUAGGCAUUGCUGGAGCCUUGCAGCGCCCUACUACUUCAAUCAUGUUUGGAGAUGCAACUUCUAAGUCUCCUCUUGGAGUGUUCAAGAACUAUCACUUGAAAAUUGGAGAAUGCAUCAUCCAAACUGAUCUCACUGUGAUGGAAAUGGAAGAAGAGAAGGAUUUGCCUCUGUUAUUGGGAACCCCUUUCCUUAGUACAGUUGGCGCUUCAAUAGACUUUCACAAGCAAGAAGUGAUCCUUCACAAGGUGAAUAGUUUGGUGUCAUAUCGCUUGCAGCCUAGAGGUUCAGACUUUUGUGCCACAAUUGACAGUACCAAUCUCAGUUCUAAGAGUCAUGGAGCUACAAAGGUUGUGAAGGAAAGGGUUGACAAGAACCAAGAGUUGGGAAGGAUAAGGAUGAGAGAGGACCAAGGAUUGAGAAGCCACGUCUUGAGAGGGCUAGAGUUGAGAAACCACGUCUGA